AUGCAGCCCAUGCUCCAACCCAUUAAGCCCUGUGAUCCAGACAACAAGGCGACCCAAGAACUCGGUUGUGGCCCGACCAACUCUUUGUUGUUGGCUAGGGUUCAUGAGGAGGAGAGGAACGACACCUUCCUUCGUCUUUUUCUCCCUCAUUUCCUUUCCCGGCGACCACGAGGCCAGCCCGACCCCAGCGCCGUCUUCCCCUUCGUCACCCGACUGGAGGAGUUCGUGGGGUCUGUGCAAUCUGAAUCUCUGACGAAUCCUCCUGAUUCGCCAUCUUUAUCUCCGCCUCAAGCUCACUCAAAACCUUCGUCGUUCCUAUGUCCGGCGGUUAGUAGAGGAUUCCACCAUUGCGUUUCUUCUUCUUCCUCUUCUGUUUCGGUGGUUGCUCUUCCUUCAUCUCGAUCCUCAGCUCUUCAUCUGGCAACGACCUUCCUGCCAGACCCACCAACGCUGAGUUCGGGACCACGAGGUCCACAUUUUCUUGGGAGACAACAACGCCAAAAAUAA